AUGAAAUCGGUGCUCUUGUGGAUAGUUUCUGCCAUCUUGCAAGCGUCGCUUGUUGUUUCAGCGCCAGUUGGUCCCACGGGCCCAUGUGCAGAUGCAAAAGUUGAUGCCAUCCUUCGAGGCGACAUGGAUCCAUCCGAGUGUUGCUCUUACGGCAACUGUAAAGGCGACGUUGUCGUCUCGGUUGGCGAAUAA